UUAAAUUAUUACGUCAUUGGUGAUAUAGAGCGACUGUAUGUGAAACCACAUGGCUGAAUAAAGGCACAGUCUGCCUAGUAGACAACCUGCGUUUUUGAGGUAUUAUAGAAUGAACGAAUAAAAAUGACCAACAACUCAUCAAUACUGAAACCAUUUGGUGGCGAUGAUGACCGACUGUCAGAUCUUCUGAAAAAUGACGUUUUCGUGGAUUUCUUUAACACGUUUCUGAACCUACCGGUGUUUGGUCAAACUCCUCUCUUCUUUCUGUCGGACAACAAAUGGUUAACUUGUCCUGAGCUACUUCAAGGCCAGGAGGUGAACAGAGGAGGAUUUCAGAAGUGGUUGACUGCUCAUCGCUUCACCUUGUUCAAGGAAACAGAGUUGUUCCAUUACUACACUCUCUGUAAAGAAUUCUUGGAGUUCUCAAACCAUCAUUCAGAAGUGUUGAAAUGGACAACAGCGGACCAGUGGCUACUGAGGAGAUGCAUUGGGAGCGGGAGAGGGAUGAGACGAUUCAGCACUUUCAUCAAGGGCACUUGUGGGAAGGAGCUGGUGUCGUUCUGUGUGAGAGUGUCCAGGUUGUUCAACAUGGACUGUGAGGAUGCAGGUCAGAAACACAGAUACCUGGCCCUGCUGACUGUCAUCAGAUCCAUCCAUCUCACAGAGGGAUCCAGCAUCAUGGCUAUCUGUCACAUACCACGAGAUACAAUGAUUAGCAUUCUAUCCAGUGAGCUACCCGACAGUGCCAGAAAGCAGAUCAUCGGUCAGAUGUAUAACAAAGCUUUACAUCGGCUGCAGCACUAUUGGCUUCCUCAGUUUCUAAGAUACUGCAAGGACUCACUCUGGAGAGAUGCAGAGUGCAGCCACAUCGUUCAGGAGUACAGCGCCAUCGCAUCCCACUCUGCUUCUGAGGAUGUGCCUGGUAUACCUGCUCAACUGGACCCAGGCCUGGGACAGGUGAAGGAGGCAGAGCUGACUGGGAGUGCAACUGGGACCUACUGUUCCAAAAACACCAAGAGACUCCUCUGGAUGCGCCAUGAGGAACCGCAGAACAGAUCCGUAAUGGCAGCCCGGGAGACUGAGAAGAUCCAAGAUGGACGUCUCUGUUGCCAGUGGCUUCGUCUUGAGGGUGAAACAGGCCAGGAACGGUGCACUAAUGCUGUGCAUAGCAGUCAAACCAAAUACCAGAUUGAUGCCACAACUGAACAAUACCGCAACAUGCCUGAUGAUGCAAAAUCCCAAACCUGCAGCAAACAAACCAGCAAAGUGGAUAACCUCAAGUCCAGCCACAGAAGUGGUAACCUUCUCCCAAACAUUGAUGUUGAAGGGGUCCAGGAGGGAGAAGUACUUAUUCCACACACCUGUAUGGAGACUCCUGCCUACUACCAACCGUCUGUCUUACCAGCUCCCCCUGCACCAGCAACUCCAGAGUCCCACCGCUUCAACUACCUUCAGCCUGCCCUGUCGGCUGACAGCUUGGCUGGUGGGCCCUUAGCUGCCUUCCUGAGGGCCAGGGGACUGGAGACAGAGCUGCAGCAUCUAGGGCUCUGGCAGGACCUGGACCUGGUCCUUAGCCUUGUGCUCAGGGCCCAGGGAGAUGACUCCCUCCACAGCCAGAGACAGGCUGUGGCCAGGAGGAUCACACACACCUACCUGGGGGAGAACGCAGUGAGGGUAGGCCUCCUGGAGAGCGACACCAGCAGGCAGCUCCGCAGACUCCUGCCCUCUGGAGCAGUCAUACCGUGGAUAUACACAGCCAAACAUGAGAUCUGUAAGGUGCUUUGUGCAUCUUACGAUUCCUUUUUGGACGAAGACGACAAACAUUUCUGCUCCUGUCUGGAGAGUGCCGGUGUGAACUGUGGUCAGAGGUUAUCUGCUAUUGGCCAGAACACAAAAGAGCAGCAGGUCAGGAGGAUGAGGGAGGCUCUGGCCCUUUGUCAGUCCUGUUGUAGCCAUGGAGCCACGGAGCAGCUCUCUGAUUGGCAGGAGGACUGGGCCCUGAUGGCUCUAGAGGACGUGAAGAGAGGAGGGUCUGUCCACCUGCACUACAAAAGGACUGAGCCACGUGAUCUGCCGUUUGACUUGCUGGCAGUGAGGUACCCAAAGCUGGCACUGGAGAAUCUGAGUGUUAACUAUUUGCUGUAUCAGAAGAAGAAGCCUUUCUCAGACGGCGAAAGCUCAAAGCCAGUAUCCGCUGGUUCCAUGAUGAAGAAAGCCCCUCUGAUGUUGAAGAAAGACAACAGUUUUGUUCGCAUGCCGUCUAUGAGGCCAAGGUCGUUUGGAGAUGUGCUCCGGAACCCUGUGAGUCUGGACUACUUCAAGCGCUUUCUGCGUUUCCACUAUGCCCAAGGAGCGCUGCUCUUCACACUGGAAGUAGAGAAGCUGAGAGCCAUCGACCGGCCCAAACCUCAGAAGAUCAAAAUCCUCGCCAUCGUGAAUAAGUUCUUACGCCGGGAGGACCCCAUGGGCUACCUGCAGUGCAGUGCUGACAUCAUCUCCCAGGCGGCUCAGAUGAGAACCGUUUCCUGUGAGGUUCUCUACACCAUCCAGGACCUGGUCACCAAGUCACUGGAAGGAACAUGGUUCAAGCAGUACCAAGACACGUUCCCACCCUGUCCUGCUGUUGGCUCAGACUCCUGCCUGAGAGGAGCCAUACUGAAGACCAAACUGAAAAAUGUCUGGCUGGUGUUUUGCCGAUUCAUCAAGACAGUCUGUAAGUUUCAAACCGCCAUGAAGGAUCCUCGCACGAGGACUGAGUUUGAGCUGUACCUGAGAAUGAGCUACCGCCACUUCUCCGAAUCAUGUGACUCCCGUGCCCCUCCUAAAGACGAGGGGGAUACCUCCCACAUGAAGAGUCGGGUCAUUAACGGUAAAGUCAUCAUCAUUGACUUCCUCAUCAACGACCUAUCUUUUUACCUGGAGAGUGAGAGGUUCAGGAACCUGGCAGAUUCAGGCACAGUGAUGGCAUCUGCAGGGAUGUAUGGAGAGAAUGACCAUGCUAUGCUACACCAGAAGGCUGACAUGAUCAUUAAGAUUUUCCUCAAGUCUGAGAUCUCUCCCAAACUUAGGAUAAACAUAGCUGAGACCCAGAGGGAUGCCAUCCUGCAGCAGUGCUCCACUGGGAAAGUAGACAGAGGACUGUUCCACCCAGCUAUCGUAACCAUCUUCCCCAACCUUGUCUUCUGCUGGAAAAAGUUCUGUAAUCAGAAGUUGACAAAGAACCUGGAUGGAGUCAAGGCUACUAAGAAGCAGGAGGUUUCCUCCACCCCAGACUACAUGGGCCCGCUGCUCAUAGACAACGACUGGUACCGCAAGGUCAAAACCAUCAUGUCCAUAACAGAGGACCACACCACUCUGAGGUUUACAGUCCACCAUGGACUCAAACUGAUCCUGCCUCAAGCCAUACUGGAUCUGAAGCGGUCACACAAUAAUAUGCCACUGCCACACAAGGCCCCCAGUCUCCAGAGAUCUGUGCCAUCCUACAGCGGGCCACACGCUGACCACCCAGUGUUGGACGCACAUCACAAACCCCAGCGACACAGUUUCCACCCACAACCAGCAGAGAGCAGCAUAGGCCAAGACGGAUCCUCUUUCUGAUCAGCGAGGACGACUGGAGCGGCCAGUUGCAUUGAAUAAACAAUACUAAUUUACUCAUGCGUUAGAUCUACUUAUUGAUUUUUUUUCUUCUAAAAAGCUAAAAUAACAAAGGUGGCACUUAUUUUUUUCUAAUUUGUUACACAUCAUUUUUACGAAGAAAACAACAGAGCAA